CUGUAUUUCUACCUUUUUCUUCUUCUUCUUCUCAAAACACCAUCUUCAACCUUUACACACAUUCCUGUAGCUAAAGCCUGGAUAUGCAUCUCUCUGCACUCGCACUGUGAGUUUUGCAGUUCGCAUUGGCCUUUGCCCCCAAUUUGUUUGGGCAGCGGUUUAUCUAUCGAGGGUUUUUUAUUCAAAGUGCUUCUUAGCAGAUGCAAUCCAUUUCUAAUUCCUCGCCUCCGGCCCACUGAUGUGAUGACUAUUCCGACCAGAUUUGUGGCCGUCCUGUUACUAUCAAUCUCGACAAACCCUAGACCGGCGGUUACUGCUUGGGCGGACUCGGGUUCGGAAGACCUGGAUUUGGACUCGGAGAUUCUUCUCUUCCACCAGGACUACACUCCGCCAGCACCUCCCCCUCCGCCGCCACAUCCACCAUCGCUCUCCUGCCAGUCCGAUCUAGGUGGCAUUGGUUCAUUGGACACCACUUGUCAGGUGGUCUCCAGCUUGAAUCUAUCCAAGGAUGUGUACGUUGAAGGCAAGGGUAAUCUCGUAAUCUUGCCCAACGUUAUCGUGAAUUGCUCCUCUAUUUCUGGAUGCGAGUUCGCCGUGAAUGUUACCGGGAACUUCACUCUGGGUGAGAAUUCGACCAUAAUCUGUGGGACCUUUGAGUUGGCCUCGGAUAAUGCUAGUUUUGGGAAUGGUUCUGCUGUGAACACGACAGGGUUAGCUGGUUCUCCUCCGCCGCAGACCAGCGGGACCCCGCAAGGAGUUGAUGGGGCUGGUGGGGGUCACGGCGGUAGGGGUGCUGCGUGUUUGAGAGAUAAGAGUAAGCUUCAGGAAGAUGUGUGGGGAGGGGACGCUUAUUCAUGGUCUAGUUUGGGGAAGCCUUGGAGUUAUGGGAGUCGAGGAGGGACGACAAGCAAUGAAGUUGACUAUGGAGGCGGAGGAGGAGGGAGGGUGAUGCUUGUGGUUUCAAUGCUUUUAGAGCUGAAUGGUAUUAUUCUUGCUGAUGGUGGAGAUGGAGGUGUCAAAGGUGGAGGGGGUUCUGGGGGCAGCAUCUACAUCAAGGCUUAUAAGAUGAUUGGAACUGGCAGUAUACAUGCUUGUGGGGGUAGUGGUUUUGGUGGAGGUGGUGGUGGUAGAGUUUCAGUUGAUAUAUUUAGCAGGCAUGAUGAGCCGGUUAUUUAUGUACAUGGUGGGAACAGUCUCGGUUGCCCUGAAAAUUCUGGUGCUGCUGGUACAUUCUAUGAUUCCGUUCCUCGCAGCCUUACUGUCAGCAAUCAUGAAAAACCUACAUUUACGGACACACUCCUCAUGGACUUCCCUCAACCAUUUUUGACAAAUGUCUAUAUCCGGAAUCAGGCCAAGGCUGCCGUCCCCUUGUUGUGGAGCCGUGUCCAGGUUCAAGGACAAAUCAGUCUCUUGAAUGGAGGAGUGUUGAGCUUUGGGCUUGCACAUUAUUCAAUGUCAGAAUUUGAACUAGUGGCAGAAGAGCUAUUAAUGAGUGAUUCUGUUAUUAGAGUUUUUGGCGCCCUUCGGAUGUCUGUUAAGAUGUUUUUGAUGUGGAACUCAAAGAUGUCAAUAGAUGGUGGUGGAGAUGAAAAUGUUGAGACAUCUUCGCUUGAGGCUAGUAACCUCAUAGUCCUCAGGGAAUCAUCACUUAUCCAUUCAAAUGCUAACCUGGGAAUUCAUGGGCAAGGUUUAUUAAAUUUGUCUGGACCAGGAGAUUGUAUAGAAGCUCAACGCCUAGUUUUGUCGUUGUUUUAUAGUAUAAAUAUUGGACCUGGAUCUGUUCUGCGUGGUCCUUUAAAAAAUUCAUUGGAUGACGCUGUGACUCCAAAAUUGUACUGUGAUACGCAAGAUUGCCCAGCUGAACUGCUACGUCCACCUGAGGACUGCAAUGUGAAUUCGUCUCUGUCCUUUACUCUACAGAUCUGUCGAGUUGAGGAUAUCUUGGUCGAAGGUUUUGUUGAAGGCUCAGUUGUUCAUUUCCAUAGAGCUAGGACCAUCACUGUUCCUUCAUCUGGAGUUAUAAGCACAUCUGGAAUGGCAUACGAAGAACUCUGGCUUGGCCUUCCAGUUUGUAGAAAUAUUGGCUGCCAAGGUGGUGUUGGUCAAGGUACAUUAUUGAGCAAUGGUCUUGGUAGUGGUGGUGGACAUGGUGGCAGGGGUGGGAUGGGAUGUUAUAAUGGCAGCUGCAUUGAUGGUGGCGUACCAUAUGGUGAUGCUGAAUUGCCUUGUGAAUUAGGUAGUGGGAGUGGAAAUGAUAGCAUGGCAAUAUCAACCACUGGUGGUGGUAUUUUGGUUAUGGGCUCGUUAGAGCAUCCCUUGAUGAGUUUAUAUGUUGAGGGUUCUGUCAGAGCAGAUGGAGACAGCUAUACAGGCAGCCGUCAAAUGAAGAAUUCGUCCACUGAUGAUGUGAAUUUUGGACCUGGAGGUGGAUCCGGUGGUACUAUCUUAUUAUUUCUACGCUCUUUGACUCUUGGUAAAUCUGGCAAUUUAUCUAGUGUUGGAGGUCAUGGUAGCCUGAGUGGUGGUGGAGGAGGAGGUGGUGGACGGAUUCAUUUUCACUGGUCAGAUAUUCCCACUGGAGACGUAUAUUGGCCCCUAGCUACAGUUAACGGAACAAUUUCUGCAGGGGGUGGCGUAGGUGGCAGACAGAGUCACAUGGGUGAAAAUGGAACUCUCAGUGGUAAAGCCUGUCCUAAGGGGCUUUACGGAAUAUUCUGCGAGGAAUGUCCAAUUGGAACUUAUAAAAAUAUCACAGGAUCUGAUAGUUGUUUUUCAUGCCCAAGCAAUGAGCUUCCCAACCGUGCUGUUUACGUUCAUGUCCGAGGUACUUCUGAUCGAGGGGAACAUUUUAUACUUUCAUGCGGUAUUACGGAGACACCUUGCCCUUAUAAAUGUAUUUCUGAGAGGUACCACAUGCCACACUGUUAUACUGCUCUUGAAGAGUUGAUAUAUACCUUUGGAGGACCCUGGCUAUUUGGCCUUCUGCUUUUGGGUCUUCUCGUUUUGCUUGCUCUAGUUCUGAGCGUUGCCCGGAUGAAGUUCAUUGGUGUUGAUGAGUUACCAGGCCCUGCGCCUACACAGGGUUCUCAAAUAGAUCAUUCAUUCCCUUUCCUGGAGUCUCUUAACGAGGUUUUGGAAACUAACAGAGUAGAGGAGUCUCAGAGUCAUGUGCACAGGAUGUACUUAUUGGGUCCAAACACAUUUAGUGAGCCCUGGCAUCUUCCACAUACACCUCCUGAACAAGUAAAAGAAAUAGUAUAUGAAGGUGCAUUCAACACGUUUGUGGACGAGAUCAACUCUCUUGCCGCAUAUCAGUGGUGGGAAGGGUCAGUGUAUAGUAUUCUUUGCAUACUUGCUUAUCCUUUUGCAUGGUCGUGGCAGCAAUGGCGGCGGAAAAUGAAGUUGCAGAAGAUAAGAGAAUUUGUCCGAUCUGAAUAUGACCAUGCUUGUUUACGUUCAUGUCGUUCGCGUGCUCUAUAUGAAGGUUUGAAGGUUGGCGCAACACCAGAUCUAAUGCUGGCGUACAUAGAUUUCUUCCUUGGCGGUGACGAGAAGAGAAAUGAUCUUCCUCCUCGUCUGCAUCAAAGAUUCCCCAUGUCUAUAUUAUUUGGAGGUGACGGAAGCUACAUGACUCCAUUCGUGCUUCAUAAUGACAACAUCCUCACCAGUCUCAUGAGUCAGUCUAUCCCUCCUACCACAUGGUACCGUUUGGUGGCUGGUUUGAAUGCUCAGUUGCGCUUGGUAAGAAGGGGCUGCCUUAGGAAGAAGUUGAGUCCUGUCCUUGAGUGGCUUGAAACAUUAGCAAAUCCAGCACUAAGGGCAUAUGGUGUGCAUGUGGAUCUUGCAUGGUUUCAAAGUACAACUGAUGGCUAUCGCCAUUAUGGAAUUCUGAUAUAUGCUCUGGAGGAGUUGGAUCGAAUGUCAGUAGCAUAUCAUGAUGACGAACCUGGAAAUGAACACCGUUCAAGUCGGGCUCUGCGAACCGGUGAAGGUAACUGGAGAAGGAAUGUUUAUGGCGGGAUUCUAGAUAUUAACAAUUUGAAGGAGGUUGAGGAGAAAAGAGAUCUGUUUUUUGUCCUCUCUUUUCUACUUCACAACUCUAGACCUGUCGGUCACCAGGAUGUUGUUGGUUUGGUGGUCUCAAUCCUUCUUCUUGGAGAUUUCAGUCUAGUAUUGCUUACACUGCUCCAGUUGUAUUCUUUUUCGCUAUCAGACGUCUUUCUUGUUUUGUUUAUUAUACCCCUUGGGAUAUUGCUUCCUUUCCCUGCUGGAAUCAAUGCUUUGUUCAGUCACGGGCCCAGACGAUCAGCAGGUCUUGCACGUGUAUAUGCUCUAUGGAACAUCACAUCCUUUGUAAAUGUUGGUGUUGCAUUUGUUUGUGGAUAUAUUCACUAUCGUACGCAAUCAAGUAGGAAACUUCCCUUCCAGCCGUGGAAUAUGGAUGAAAGUGAAUGGUGGAUUUUUCCUUUUGCACUUCUUUUGUGUAAAUGUAUCCAGUCGAAGCUGGUAAACUGGCAUGUUGCAAAUUUGGAAAUUCAAGAUCGUUCGUUGUACAGUAAUGAUUUCGACUUGUUCUGGCAGUCAUAGAAUUUAAGGAUCAAAUAUUUCCCACAGGAACAUCCCUCAAUUUUUUUUUUGGGUUUUGUUUAUUGCAAUGUGUCCAUGUAGUCCUUUUUAGGGAGAAGUUGACACAGGAGUAGAAAAAAAAGUUGAACGCAAAGAGGUGGUACAAAACAAGUAAAUGCAGCCGAGGCAAAUUUAUUUUUGUAGCCUUGUGUUUGUGCAGCUAUGUUCAUUUUGCUUUGUAAAUAUCAAACGGGAUAUUCCCUUGAUUAACAUAUUAUAAAUCUCGAUUUUAUUAGGUGGUAUUCCUCUGUUAGUUGUGGGAGAAUCAUAUAAAUCUGAGGUCAUAUUGAUUCAAAUGUUUGGUCGUUGGACAUCGUUCCCAUCUUCUACAAUUCAAAAAUUUAUGCAAAAUUUAAAUUCUAG